AUGACGUCAGCACUGGCGGUGGCGUCCACGUCAGCAGCGGCUGUGCUGAGUCAGAUGCAGGCGCACGGAAUGGUGCAGGCGUGCAUAGCUGACGUCAGCAAGGGGAUUUCAGAGGUGCUGCCACUCCCCGCAGCAGAUGCCCAGCGCCACGCAUUCGUGCUCCUGCUGCCCUCGGCCGACGCACAGCGCCAGGCGUUCGUGACGGAGGCGCGGCUGGCGCUGCUGCUGGCCAUGGCGGCGGCCACGGGGCGCCAAGGGCUGCUGCUGCUGCUCAACGCGGGAUUCCUCCGCGCCAUGGCUGCAUGCCCCUCCCUCGACGCCCCUGUUUCUGAGGCAUCCUACCUGGCACCGCCCCCAGUGGGGCUGUCAUCUCUGGAUGUGCCUUCGGAGUCUCUCUGCUUCGCUCACCUCGUUGCCCCCGUGCUGCGCCUGCUGCUCGCCCUCUCCACCCUCGCCCCGCCCGACGCCUCGCUCUCACCACACGCACCACCAUCCGACGCCACUUCAAAAGCGGACGUGGCAUCACAGCUGGUGCAGUUCGCCAUCCAUCACGAGCCCAUGCUCUCACGCCUGCUGGAGGACCGCUCGCCCGCCUGCAACCCCACCGACCUGCUGCUGCUCUCCCUCUCCACCGCCUUCCUCUCCCGGGCGCUUCUCUGGGCCGGCCCCUCUCAGCUGGAGGGGCUGCGAGGCCUCAUGCUGCGGGCAGCGGCGGCGUACAGCGUGGGCGAUGGGGAGAGCCGCGUCAAGUAUGUGCGGCAGCGCGUGGCGAGGGAGGAGGAUGACCGUGCUGGAGAGAUCGGUGGGAUCUCACUCUCCCUGCUCCUUCCUCCGGAGGAGCAAGCAAUGGAGGAGGGGGUGUUGAGAGUGAGGGCCAACCUCAUGGCAUACCUGCGCUCCCUCGUCGCCUUCAAACGCCUCCUCCUGCCCGCCGCCUCCAAGCACCAGCAUCAGGGCCCCACCUUGAGCCUCUUAUCAGACCUGCUCCGUCAGAUGGUCAUCGACCUGCAGGCAGCUGUGGAGGCACGUGGCACUGCGCUCACCAAGCUGGCGGAUGUGAACGACAUGUCACGGCACGAGGCAGAGGAGCUCAUCCAUGCCACUGCCUUCCACGCGCCCCACUCCGCCGCCCACUCCCACCUGCCCCUCCGCCAAGCGCGGCGGCAGGCGCUAUUGAUCCUGGCGGGGCUGGCAUCCAGCAAGGAGCGCGCGCUCUCAUGGAUGCUCUUCAUCUGCGAGCACCUGCUGCACCUCCUCCUCGCCCACUUCUCCCUCCACCACUCCCUCCUCUCCCGCUCCUCCUCGCCCCUCGCCUCCUCCCUCUCGCCCUCCCCCACCACCUUCUCCUCCCGCCCGCGCUCCCUGCGCGUGCAAGGGCCGCGCGUCUCCCCCUCUCCUGGGGGGGCUGAUGCGAUGGGGUUCGGGGGAGUGGCAGACGGGGGAGAGGAUGCAGGAGCGGCAGCAGAGGCAGCAGCGGCGGGGAUGGCUGGGGGGCACAGCAGGGAGGAGUUUGAGUCGGUUGUUGGGACCACAGCUGACCUGGAGGCUGUGGCUCGUGAGGUGCUGCCAAGUGUCAACAGACUAGUGGAGGUGAACGAGGACCGUGUGGGCUGCAGCACGGACUACAUGAAGCGCCUCGCUCUCUCACUGCGCUCCUCCCUGCUGCGCCAGUUCCACCUCUAA